AGCACACAUCAACCAUGGCUACCCAAGGACAGGUGAUCAAGUGCAAGGCUGCAAUUGCAUGGGAGAAGCAGAAGCCGCUGAGCAUUGAGGAGGUCGAGGUCGCUCCUCCACAAAAGGGAGAAGUCAGGAUUAAGAUCCUGGCGACCGGCGUGUGUCACACGGAUGCCUACACCCUGGACGGCCAUGACCCUGAAGGCAUUUUCCCCGUCAUCCUUGGCCACGAAGGAGGCGGCAUCGUGGAGAGCGUUGGGGAGGGAGUCACGUCCGUCAAGGAAGGCGACCAUGUGAUCCCCCUGUACAUCCCCCAGUGCUACGACUGCAAGUUCUGCAAGUCUCCCAAGACCAACCUUUGCAGCAGAAUCAGGGCGACGCAGGGCAAGGGUGUGAUGCCUGACGGAACCUCACGUUUCACUGCCCGUGGUCAGAAGAUCUUCCACUUCAUGGGCUGCUCCAGCUUCUCCGAGUACACUGUGGUGUCAGAAAUGUCUGUUGCCAAGGUCAGUGACAAAGCACCCCUAGAUAAAGUCUGCCUUCUGGGCUGUGGCAUUAGCACUGGUUAUGGUGCUGCACUCAACACUGCCAAUGUUGAAGAUGGUAGCAAUGUUGCAGUCUUUGGACUUGGUGCUGUGGGUCUGGCAGUGGCAAUGGGUUGCAAGGAGCGUGGUGCCAAGAAAAUCAUUGGUGUGGACAUCAACGAAGACAAGUUUGAGAUAGCCAAACAGUUUGGAUGCAAUGAAUUCUUGAAUCCACUGAAGGUGGAUGACACGGUAGCAUCCCUCGUGGAAAUGACUGACGGAGGCUGUGACUACACCUUUGAAUGCAUUGGCAAUGUCAAGACAAUGCGUCAGGCACUAGAGGCAUGCCACAAGGGCUGGGGACAGAGCGUCAUCAUUGGUGUAGCUGCAGCUGGCCAAGAAAUUUCAACUCGACCAUUCCAGCUGGUCACUGGGCGAGUGUGGAAGGGCUCGGCGUUCGGAGGCUGGAAGUCACGUGACAGCGUGCCAAAGCUGGUUGACAGUUACAUGGACGGCAAGGUCAUGGUGGACGAGUUUGUGACCUUCACCAAGCCCUUGGCGGAGAUCAACGAAGCCUUUGACCUGAUGCACCAAGGAAAGGCCCUCAGGACAGUAGUAAACAUGUAAAGGAGUACAUUUAAGAUUAAAAGCAGAUUUUUCAUUAUAUAUCCUACAAGUACAAGUAUUCAGUUGCUAGAAAUAUAUCAGAUGUAACCAUGAUUUUGUGUUAUCAAAGGAGCAUUAUUAAGUUGGUAUUAUAACUUUCUGUUCUCUUUGUGUAAUUGCACUGUGCUCAAAUAUAAUAAUGUUUAAAAGUAUGUCUGAAUUCAGUAAGAUUACUGCAUGUCCAGGUUCUAAAUCAAAUGGCAUUAUUGUAAGGCAAGUUCCGUCAAAUGAUGUACGGCAGUUUCCAUAAAGUUUUAUAUAGAACUUUAUACCAGUGGAAUAAAUAUAUAGUUUACA